GCUCUGCGGGAGCGGCCGGCGGGGAUGGAGGCAGCAGCGGCGAGCGGGGGCUGCCAGGCAGCGCUGCCCCGUCCCUGUCCCCUCCUGUAGCGCACAGGGACCCCCCGGGCCCGGCCAGGACCCCCUGUCCCCGCAGAGCUCGUGUCCCCACAGCAAUGGGGAAGCAGAACAGCAAACUCCGGCCCGAGAUGCUCCAGGACCUGCGGGAAAACACCGAGUUCUCCGAGCUGGAGCUGCAGGGCUGGUACAAGGGCUUCCUGAAGGACUGUCCCUCGGGCAUGCUGGACGUGGAGGAGUUCAAGAAGAUCUACGCCAACUUCUUCCCCUACGGCGACGCCUCCAAGUUCGCCGAGCACGUUUUCCGCACCUUCGACACCAACGGCGACGGCACCAUCGACUUCAGGGAGUUCAUCAUCGCCCUGAGCGUCACCUCCCGCGGCAGGCUCGAGCAGAAGCUCAUGUGGGCCUUCAGCAUGUACGACCUGGACGGCAACGGCUACAUCAGCCGCGAGGAGAUGCUGGAGAUCGUGCAGGCCAUCUACAAAAUGGUCUCCUCUGUCAUGAACAUGCCCGAAGACGAAUCCACCCCGGAGAAAAGGACGGACAAAAUCUUCCGACAGAUGGACACUAAUAACGACGGGAAGCUCUCUCUGGAGGAGUUCAUCAGAGGGGCCAAGAGCGACCCGUCCAUCGUGCGCCUGCUGCAGUGUGACCCCAGCGGGGCCAUGCAGUUCUGAGCCCCGCGGACCCCCAGAGCCCCCCUGGACCCCCACCCUGCAGCUGUCACUGUCCCUUGCCCAGCUCCUGCAGUCCCCGCUGUGCCCCCACAGCCCCUCGUGGGAUGAGAGCUGGAGCCCGGCUGAUAUUGGGGUGAGGGGGGCCCGGGGGACAGUCCCCAUCCCUGGGGGGCUCCUGCACUGGUGGGAGGGUGAGGCAGGGUCUGCCCUGAGUGAGGACAGACCCCCAGCACCGGGUUUGGAGCAGGGGGGACAGGCUGGUGGCCAAGCCACUGCUCAGGUGUGGGGACACAGCCCAGGGGACAAAGCCCCCGUGGCUGGGGGUCCCCAGCACCCAGCCCCACGUGGAGACACCGCCACAGCAGCCCCUUCCCCGGGGGGGGUCCGUGCUGCUGGGCUUUAAUACCUGCAGAAUAAAGUUUGUGUCAGUGCAGUCCGUGCUGGGAAAGGGGCAGGAAGCCCUGGGGAAGUUCCUCCCUGCAGGGUCUGGAUCCAGGCCGCUUCCAUCCCUCGCUGCACCCCAGGGAUGGGCUCGUGCUCCAGGGGAUGUG